CUUGUUUACGAUCAGUCACAGCACCCACUUACUCCUAGUGGAAAUUUAUACCCCAACUAUAUUCACACAUCUCAUACCUUCUUCUAUCCAUGAUGAGAAGAUCAGCUGGGCUUCUUGCCCUUAUAACGCUCGCAGCAGCAACUCCGAUCCCUCAAAAAUUAGAUCUGAGUGGUAUGGUCAAGUCCGAUGACGUGGCGCCUCCGGUAACUAUCCCCAUGGGAGUAGGAGCCAAGAAUGAUACCACAACUCUUCCUGCGAAAUUUUUGAAGCGCGAGUGGGAUUGCUCAGACCAAGCGCUCGGAUCAGGCCCAGUGCCUUCCUCAGAUACCCCAGAGGCAUUCCUGGCUUUCUCCGAGCUUUCGGAUGCCGCCAACGGUGCGAAAACUCCAGAAGGAUAUGUGAACGUAUUCCAGAACAAAAAGGCAUCCUCGCAGACAUCAUCCUACAUGGGAUACUUUUCCCUAUCCAGUUACGACACUGAAGCUUGCGCUGCUAAGUGCUCGACUACCAAAGGAUGUCUUUCCUUCAACAUCUUAUUCGAGCGUGAUCCGGAGAAGGUUCCUGCUACAGCGUGCCCUAAUCCUGCAUCAACCACUGUUAUCAAGUGUGUUUUGUGGGGCACUGUCCUUUCCACGGAAACUGCUACCAACGAUGGUCAGUGGCGUAACGACUUCCAUGUCGUAAUCGCUGGCUCCAACGGCUACGUUCGUAACCCAUCAGCUGCUGAGUCUAUUUCCGGGUACGCUGGUACCUUCGUUGGCAACAAGGCCGUCAACGCACCUUCAGACUGUAAUGGUCGCGACACAUAUAUUACCUACAAGGAAUUCAGCGAUGGUGCUCCGUUUGAUCCAUCCCGCUGCGCUACCGCUUGCGAGGCCGAAACCCAGUUCAACAUCGGCCAUCUCAAUUCCAGGAGCAUCUGCCGAUUUUUCAACACGUACAUCCUCAUGAAGAAUGGAGUGCCGCAAGCUCAGAUAUGUUCAAUGUACAACACCACCUGGGCAAACACACCAGAUGUCAUCUCCAACGAGGGACAAUGGCGUGGCAGCGAUCACUAUACGAUAGCCUAUUCAGAGAUCUACUCGAAUAAUGCCAAUCCCGGCCAGCCUAUCUGCGCUUCUGAUAUUUCAUACUUGAGGCAACCCGAGAAUGCUGCCUUCUGCUCAUCCUACAUCAACUAUGUUGCACCCACUAGUAUAGUGUCCGCGGUUUCAACUAUCAGCACUGUCACUGUCACCACUGUCGACUCCACCGUUACCUCGACUCCCGAUCCAGUUACAACCUCUACCACUAUUACCUCUUAUAAUCCAACUACAGUGGUAGAAACUGUUACCGCAACUGUUACCCAGCCAGCUCCUGCACGUUUACGACGGUUCGACAACAACGCCACAACCACAGCCUCCUCUAUCAACACCGAUAUUUGGCCUUAUGUAGUUCUUCCAGCCUCCGUUGUGUCUUCUCUUGUCGCUGCUAGUCCUGAUCUGGCGAAACGUGCGGCAUUGCCUACCCCUGCAUCUGUUGCGAACUGGCCGGGAUCAGUGCUAUCGGCCGCCUGUUCACAAGUUGCAACUGGCACAAUAACAGAGACCCAAAUCACGGCAACUUCAACUGUUUUCACCACGACUCAGACUGUGAUCAGCACUACUACUGAUGUCGCACCGACUCCCACUACUACCAUCGCCACAACGCUCCUCAUAGCUACCACUAUCCGAUCGACUACGACUUCCACUACUACUGUCCAAGCCGCUGCCCCAGCCAACAGUUGCGCACCUAUUGCUGGAUGCUUUGUAGUCAAAGACACAAACUUCGGAGGCUAUAUGGCCGUGGAUCCCGGCAACUUUGGAAUAGUGUCCACUACCAACAAAGCUAUUUUCAAGCAACACACCGUGGGAACCAACAACUGUUUCCUCAGAACUUCCACCAACUUUGUGUACUCCAAUAUAGCAUACCAAGCCUCAUCAUCCGUUUGGUCAACUGGAUUUCUCAACAGUAAUUAUUUUCCAGCCGGGAUAUCGAGCAACUCUGCGUUCGGACUCACGCCCUGUAGGCCAACAGCAAACGCUGGCUUGCAAUGCGUUCAGGCGGGCUUCGAGUCAAGUAUACUCUCACCCUCUAACGGGCGGCUAACUUUCUACCGUACCCUUCCAGCAUCACAGAGACCUGUCAACCUGGUUAGAGAGACAGUCGCUUGUCCCGCGGGCUUCUGAUGAGAUUCAAUAAUGGCAAGGGAGUGAAUACAUUAAUGUAGUCUUAGAUAUCUUCGCACAUUGUGCUUAAUGCAGUCAUGUUCAUAUAAACUGAAGGGG